AUGGAUUUCGGCACAAUUGCAAUGGAUGUUCCUGUGGGACAAGAAACUCCGGAUAUUCAGAUGUUCAGUGCAAACGGGGCGCCUUCCAAUCUGCUUUACCCGGAUCUAGCCAUAGACGCCGCUAUAGAAAAGGCGUUUCUGGAGCUAGAAAGACCCCAAUACGUCAAGCUAGAGACCCCUGAGCUGCUUUCUCCCGAGGAAACCGACUGGACCGCUCCGGAGUUUGCCAACGACGGGCACGGAUCUUUGGAAUCCUCUCCAGAAGACCCACAGGGCAUCCAAAACGGCAUCCAUGAACAAACACAAGAUCACCAGAACCUCAACAUCGACACUGUGGCGGCACUCAAGCGGGAGAUGGCCAAUCACAGCCGUAUGGUGGGUACCUACACCACCAUGAAGUCGGCUUACCUCAAGCUCUGCAAAGAGUUCAACUAUCUCCUUGGGUUGUUCAAUGACAACGAAAAGGCCAAGAUUGGGCUCAUCCACGAAAACAACCAGUUGCGCCAGAUGUUGGUGGAGGUGAUCAAGCAACGGGAAAUUGAUAGACAGCGGUACCGCGAGGUGUCGAUGGAGGGCUAG